AUGGCAAGCCACCGCGAGGCGACGCAGCCCGACAAGGACUAUGUCGACCCCAACCCCAUGCCUCCUUCCGUGCCACAUGUCAACGAGCUCGGCACCACCUCGGCGCCGCUCAAGUCGGCAUCCUACUUCAUUGGCGACUACUGCCGCGAGGUCAACGAGGACUUCAUGCUUUGCAAGAACCAGGACCGCGACCCCGCGCACUGCCUGAAGGAGGGCCGCAAGGUCACGCGGUGUGCCCAGGAGGUUAUUAGCAAGAUUCGUGAGGCGUGCUUGGUCGAGUUUGACGCGCACUGGAAGUGCUUGGAGAACAACAACCAGUACCUCCAGGCGUGCCGCAAGCAGGAGAAGCCAUUCAACCAGUGCGUCUUCACCAACUUUGGCCUCAAGAAGAACAUUCCCGGCGCCCCAGAGGGCGAGCCACAGGUGUUCGAGAAGAAGCACCCGAUCUUUACCCGGGUUCAGAAGUAG